AAACGGGCAACCACACUUUACCGUUACAGCAUUUCUGCCUUUUGCUUUCCCCCAAUUCAUUCUCUUAAAAAAAUCCCUUUCACUUCAAAAUCCACCGGAAAUUACACCAUCCGAUUAGGGCAACAAAAACGCCGAUGAAAUAUCAAUCGUCGACCAACUUCAUGUCGUCCCUCAGAGCCGUUCUAAUUUCCACCGGCGUUUUAUCAGCGGCGAUUGUGCUGAAAGUCUCGGCUCCGGCCAUCACAGAUCUCGCCGGAUGUCUGCCGUCGGUCUACAACAGCUUCAUUUCGUGGCUGAGGCCUCCGUACCUGUACCUUGUCGUCAAUUUCAUCAUCAUCGCCAUCUUAGCCUCCUCCAAGCUCCAGUCCGAGAAGUACGACGAAGAGAUGCCGUCUCCCGCCGCGAGCUUCGCCGUACGGAGGCAGCUGGCGGAGGAGGAAAUUGCUCCGGCGGAAUAUCCUACUUCGGAGUACGGGUACGACGGCAUCUCACUCAGCGGUCCCGAGGUGGAGCAGGGGAAAGGAUCGGAGCUCGACUCGUCCAAGCGUGCAGAUGCGAAUGAAGUAAUUACGCCGUUUGUGAGAGAUGUGACGAGCAAUAAAGAGAACGAGUUCGUGAUUGGUAAGUCCACAAGCAACGGAGGCUCGGCUGAAAAUUCUCCGGCGAGGGUGAGGCCGACUGUUUCUGGGAGAUUCGGUCACCGGAGAAAUGUGAAAGCCAGUCCUGAAGACGUGAGAACUGUGCUGGGAGUAACGAGAACCAUGAUGAAAUCCGACACCUGGGCACCAAACAACAGGCCUCGCCAGCUGGCGGAGAAGACUCUGCCACCAAAGAUGAUGAAGAAAGCUGAGACCUUCAACGACCGGACAAAUACACGGAGCCCAAGCCCGUCAACCGGUGGGCCCGGAAAGCUCCGGCAGGAGGCUUCGCUGAGCCAGGAUGAGCUGAACCGGCGAAUCGAGGCUUUUAUCAAGAAGUUCAAUGAGGAGAUGAGGCUGCAGAGGUAGGAUUCGAGUCGCUCAACCGCAGUUCUAUGGAUGAUGAUCGAUCAAUUAUGUUGAUGCAAAAAAAAGAAAAAAAAUAUGUACCCAAAGUUUUGAGGCAAAUGGAUAUGGUUUUUAUUUAUGUAAGGAGACGAGAAGCUUGAUAUAUGGGUACAACAUAGAGAAGUUUUUUAUUUUUCAGAGUCAAAGCUCUGCUCGAGCUUUAUUAAUUUGUGUAAGACUUUCUCUAACCGUAUGUUAAAACCAAUCGCAAACCCAAAAAAAAAUCCUCCAACCGAACUACAUAACCCAACCCAAAAUGCGUUGUGCCCCCAAUUUCUCUCUCUUCAAAAGCAAUUUUGCGUUUCC